GGUAGUCGGUGGGCGACUCGUCCCACGCCGCUCUAGGCGCGCGCAAUCUGACUUGGCGUGUGAUGAGGGAGCAGGACGAGGCCAGCGACGCCUCCAGCGCAGGCACGGCCUCCCCAGCAGCGUCGCUUCUAGCGGCGGACACCGCGGGCGAGGCUCGCACCGCCGGCAACCUGCGAGCGGUGGCUGCCGCCUGCAUAGCAGGCAUCGGGCCAUUCAUCUUUGGCUACACGCUGGGUUUCACGUCUCCUGCGCAGCUCCCGAUGGAGGUUGGCGCCAGUGGGCCGUUUGGCGCCGUCCUCGAGUCGCACCUCGACGCAGAUGGCGCCGUAGCGUCGUCGCAGGCCGCGCUCUUCGGCUCGAUUGUCAACGUGGGGGCGAUGCUCGGCGCGCUGGUGGCGGGUCCGCUCGCAGACAGCAUCGGCCGCCGCCUCACCAUCGCGGCCGCCGCGCUGCCGUGGAUCCUCGCGUGGUCCGCCAUCGCUUUUGGACGCACCUUUGCCGAAGUGCUCGCCGGCCGGCUGCUGUCUGGCGUUGCGGUCGGCGUCGCCUCGAUGGCGGUGCCUCUGUACAUCUCGGAGACGGCUCCCACCUCCAUCCGCGGCGCGCUGGGCGCCGUCAACCAGCUGGCCGUCACUCUGGGCGCCCCUCCUAGACACGCGCCCUGCUGCUGCUCGAAGAGUCGCCCUCGUAUCUCGCACGGCGCGGCAGGGCGCGGCAGGGUGGAGGCGGCGAGGCGGGUGUUGUCGCGGCUGCGCUCGAGCGCUGCGGAGGCGUCGGAAGAGCUCAAGGCGCUGGUGCGGGGUGGGAGGGCGGAGGGGGGAGUGGAGACGGGAGAGGGCGGCGGAGGCGGAGGCGACGACCAAGCGGACGGAGGCGACGGCGGCGGCGGCGGCGGCGGCGGCGGCGGCGGAGGCGCGUCGUUGCGGCUGCUGCUUGGGCGUGGCGUGCGGCGGCAGUUUGGGCUUGGCUGCGUGCUGAUGUUUGUGCAGCAGUUCUCCGGCAUCAACGCCGUCAUCUUCUACUCUGCCUCCAUCCUGCAGGAGAGCAUCGGCCAGCCUUGGGUGGUGAUGACGGCGGUGGCGGUGCUGCUGAUGGAUCGCGCCGGCCGCCGCGCGCUGCUUCUCGUCUCCCUGGCGGGCAUGCUCGCCCUCGCCUCCCUCGUCGGCUACAUCGCCUCUUUCUCGCUCGGCCUCGGCGCCGCCCCUUGGCUGCUGGCGGGCAGGCGGCUGGCGCUCGAGACAGGGCUGACUCGGGUGAGGCGGUGCACUAGGCGCCCCUCCCCGUGGCUGCUGGUGGGACAGCUUGGCGCCAUCCCCUGGCUGCUGAUGGGCGAGCUGUUCGCGGCCGACGUGCGCGCGCUCGCCGCCUCGAUGGCCACACUGCUCAAUUGGGCCUUCUCCUUCACGAUGACGCUCGUGUUUGCGCAGCUCAACGCUGCGCUGGGACCCGCCGGCACCCCCCUUCCUCUUCUCGGCCAUCUCGGGCAAUCUCGGGUCAUCUCGGGUCAUCUCGGGCCCGCAGGCACCUUCUUCCUCUUCUCGGCCAUCUGCGCCGCCGGCGCCGCCUUUGUGGCGGCGUGCCUCCCCGAGACAAAGGGGCGGAGUCUGGCGGAGGUGCAGGCGCUCUUUGGCAGCGAGGCGAGCUAG